AUGUCGCACGAUUCGAAUCGCUCGCCCAACUCCACGCAUGAACUGAUUAGCCAAGCCGUCCGUCGGCGGACCUUUCUGGUGGCCGGGGGUUUGGGCUUCGCCGGGAUGAGCUUGCCGGGUUUGGCAACGCAGGGGGCGGCGCUGCAAGCUUCAGGCGGUCGGGCGAAGUCGACGAUUCUGUUCUUCUUGUGCGGUGGCUCCUCGCAUAUCGACACGUGGGACAUGAAGCCGGAAGCCCCGGUCGAGUUUCGCGGCGAGUUCAACCCCAUCGCCACCACCGCGCCGGACAUUCAACUCUGCGAACACCUGCCGCAUCUCGCUCAACAAGCCCAUCACCUGGCGAUCGUCCGUUCGCUGGGGCACUACGGUCGCGGGACCGGUGACCAUCACGCGGGCUACUAUUACAACCUGACGGGCCAUGCCCCCGAUGUGAGCUUUCGCACGCUGGCCAACGACCGCCGUCCGGAACCGACCGAUUGGCCUUACAUUGGUUGUGUGGUCGGCGCGAAGCGUUCGCCGCAUCCUUAUCUGCCGAAUGCGGUGUCGCUGCCGCACAAACCAAGCAGGUUGCCGUAUACAAGGCCCGGGCAGUUCGCCGCGCUGCUUGGCGUGGAACACGACCCGUUGUAUGUGGACGGGAAUGUCGAUAAGCCGCUGGAGUUUUCGGUGCCGGCCCUCGAGCUUCGCGGUGACUUGUCGCCCGAGCGGGUGGCAGCUCGUCGGUCGUUGCUCGAUGGAAUCGACGCCGCCGAACGAGCGUUCGACAGCACCGUCGAUAGUGUGACCUACUCGAAGCAACAAGAGAAAGCCUUCUCGUUGCUCACCUCGGCGAAAGCGAAGGCGGCGUUCAAUUUGGCCGACGAGCCGGAAGCGCUCCGCGAGCGAUACGGCCAAACCGUCAACGGGAUGAGCCUGUUGAUCGCCCGACGAUUGGUCGAGGCCGAGGUGCCGUUCAUCACCGUGUUCUGGAAAGAGAACAUGAAGUUCGCCAAGCAGUGCAAGAGCGCCGGCGGCUGGGACACCCAUGGCAACAAUUUCAAUUGUUUGCGCGAUCGGUUGCUGCCGGAGUUCGAUCGUGGUUUCUCUGCUUUGAUUGAAGACCUUGACCAACGGGGCCGGUUGGACGAAACACUGCUGGUGGUGAACAGCGAGAUGGGACGCAAACCGCAGAUUGGCGACGUGCGUUCCGGCGGCGUCAGCGGCGCGGGCCGCGAUCAUUGGACGCACUGCAUGAGCGUGCUGAUGGCCGGCGGUGGCAUCCGUGGUGGGCAGGUGUAUGGAUCGUCCGACCGCGAGGGUCAGUACCCGGCCAACCGACCGGUGGGUCCUGAACAUAUCGCCCAUACGAUCUACCACGCGAUGGGUGUGAACGAUCUCACCACCACCGACCGCCAAGGCCGCCCCCUGCUUUUCUUGGUUGCUUCACUUACUGCCGCGGGGAAUUUGUUGGACCUCGGCUGCGGCGAUGACUUAUCAUUCGGGCUGGAGCAGGUUGAGGCCCGGGGUGCACAUCGCUUCUUCUCGCGAAAGGCUUCUCUCAUGCGCGAAUCGCAACAGGACCUCCGCCGCCGUACGUUUUUAAAAUCGAGCCUGAUGGCCGCCGGCGCGACUGGCUUCACGCAUUCGCUCGCCACCCCACAAGCCAAGGCGGCCCCGGCGGAGAAAGCCGGAAGUGCAGAUCCGUCGGCGAUCCCUACGCGUCCCUUCGGCAGCACGGGGCGAACGCUUCCCAUCCUGGCGAUGGGUGGUUCGGCGAUGGUGGGACUUUUCAUUCGCGCUUACGGCACCGAACUGUUGCCGCUGGAUGAGCGGAAGGCGAUGGUCCGUCACGCGUACGACUCAGGCAUUCGCUACUUCGAUACGGCCCGAGUGUAUGGCGAGAGCGAAUCGAUCAUGGGAGCCGGGCUCAAGGGCGUUCGCGAGAACUGCUAUGUGGCCACGAAGAUGCACUUCCCCGAUGCGAAGAUGACCCGGCAGAGCGUAGAGAAGUCGCUCGAACAACUCGACAUGGAUUACGUCGACUGCGUGCAGAUUCACAGCCCUGCAAUCGAACGCGUGGGUUUCGACGGCGCGAUGAAGAUUCACGCCGAGUUGGUCAAGCUCCGCGACGAAGGACUGCUGAAGUACAUCGGGCUCACCACGCACGUGGCGUUCGAAACCGUGCUGAAGAUGAUCGAGACCGGCGGGUUCGACCAGGUGCUGCUGGCCUACGGCUACUUUCGCAAAGGCAUGGACACGAUGCUCUCGAACCAGAACAUCGAGUUCCGCGAGCAGUGCCUGGCCAAAGCGUACGAUCAGAAGAUGGCCAUCGUGGCGAUGAAGGUCCUGGGGGCCAACAUCAUGAGCCACAACGCCAAGAACGUGGUUGGCGAUUACGACGAAGCCCAAUUGGCCAAGGUACCCCCGGCCGCCAUCCGCUGGGUGCUCCGCGACGAACGCGUGUCGAUGCUUAACAUCGGCGUCUCGAUGCCCGCAGACAUCGACCGCAACCUGGCCACCCUCACCGCCGACACCACCUACACCAACGAAGACCGCGACGUGCUGGCCGAGUUUUCAGCCCGGGCGUAUGAGUCGAAGUUGGUGAAGGAGAUGGAGGCAUUGGCGUAUCUACUGGUGUCACCGGCUUACGAGUCGGAUCAGGGACUACUUUCGGAGCUCACAGAAAAACAGCGACAGAUGCGGUACUGGCCCUGGGUCACGGUCUUGGGAAUGCUUUUCUUCUCGUAUCUUGUUCUCAUCGGUGCGAGUUCUUUGGUUCUCUGGUUUCUUGGCAUCACACUUCUACCUGCAGUGGUCGGUGCAUUCUAUUUGGACUUGCUUCAAAAAAGUGUCGUACUGAUGUACGACCUCGACGAAGCUUCUGAGGCGGCGUUUCACAACGUCUUUGAAGCGGUGGAUGAACUUGCCAGAUGCGGGGCCGCGUGGCAUAUCAGUGCCCGCGGAGACGUCUACGAUUCGAAAUACCACGCCGGAGCAAGCAAUUUGGUCCAGCGGAAGAGCAUUUCGAUCGGCCAGCGUGAGCCGCCUUAUGUGCGCACCAAUUUAUCAAUCCCGAGAAUUCCUUUAGGGGACAGAACACUUUACUUUCUGCCCGAUCGACUGCUUCUCUACGCAUCCGGUGGAAUUGGUUCACUCGAUUACUCUGAUGUUCGAGUCGAAAGAGAGGCAACGAACUUUAUCGAAUCCGGAACCGUCCCACGCGACGCCAAAGUUGUCGACCACACCUGGAAAUACGUGAACAAGAGCGGAGGCCCCGACCGGCGAUUCAAGGACAACCACGAGAUUCCCGUUUGCGAGUAUCUACAGAUUCACCUGAGUAGUGGCAGUGGGCUUAAUGAGCAACUGCAAAUCUCUAAUGCUUCUGCAGGCACUUCUCUUCAAACGACUUUAGACAGAAUGGCUAGCGUCCUCCACUCAUCUCGCAGCGCCGCACAGUCGAGCGAUGUCGCUUCUCCCAAUCUGCUUCAACCACAACCUCACCCUGAAAUACCAAUUAUUGCACAACCCUCCACUCGACAGCUUUUCGGCUUCCUACUCAAUAUUCUUUGUUGCGCAAUGGUGGCUGAUGGAAGAGCUUCAAAGAUCGAGAAGAUCCGGAUCAAAUCCAUAAUGAAGAAGCUGCGAGCACCUUGGACCUCGGAUGAGGUAGAUGAACGGAUAGCUUCUUUCAUAGGCGAAGUACAAUCAAAGGGGUUUCCCAAGGUUCUCAACGAAUCGCUUCGAUCUGUGAAGUGGUUUAGAGGCCAAGAUCGCAAAGAAGUAUUGUUGAAGAGCAUCAGAGCAGAAAGACUUUCGAUGAAGACCGAUAGCGAUCAGGCGGUGUCCGUUUCGCAGCAGAGCGUGGAUGCCAACCGGGAGAUGAUUUGCGAAGCCCGGAAGGCCGGCAAAUUCGCGCUGCUGGGGGCAUUCGUCAAGCUGUCGGGGCCAGGGUGGCUGCAAAGUGCGAUCACGCUCGGUGGUGGAUCGCUGGCCGGGGCGUUGUACCUAGGUGUGGUUGGCGGCUACAGCCUGCUGUGGGUGCAGUUGAUGGCCAUCGUGUUCGGCGUGAUCAUGCUGUGCGCGAUUUCGUACGCGUCGCUUUCCACCGGCGAACGGCCGUUCAAGUCGAUCGGGCAACAUAUCAACCCGGUGCUGGCCUGGGGUUGGGCUCUGGCUACGCUGGCGGCCAACAUGGUGUGGAGCUUGCCGCAGUUCAGCCUUGCUACGGCCGUGGUGCAGCAGAACCUGUUGCCCGACGCGGUGGGGGCCAACAGCGCGAUGGGCGACAACGCCGGUAAAGCACUCAUCUGCGGCAUCAUUCUCGUUCUCGCCGUGUCGAUCGUUUGGGUCUACGACUCAGGCGGGCGGGGCAUUCGCAUCUUCGACACCGUGCUGAAGAUCAUGGUCGCCCUGAUCGUGCUCAGCUUCUUCGGCGUGGUGGUUCAACUGGCCACAUCCGAGGACGGGCUGCCGUGGAACGAGAUCUUCGCGGGCUUUGUGCCCAACUUAAGCCAAUGGUCGAGCCCGGCCAGUUCGUUUGAACCUUAUAUCGUGGCCUCGGGCGAAGCGUAUCGUUCGUUCUGGACUGAUGAGAUCGUCCACCCUGCAGCGGAACGUGAUGAUCGCGGCCAUCGCCACCGCCGUGGGCAUCAACAUGACGUUCCUCUUGCCGUACUCGAUGUUGAAUCGCGGCUGGGAUAA